AUGCAGGUCAACCACGUGAGCGAAGACGACUUCGAGGUGGUCUCCCCCGUGCGGAAGGGAUCAAACACCAAGAAGACUGGAACAUCUAUUGAUACCAUCCAUGGAACAGAGCCGAUCUACGACGCUGCAAUCGCGGCCAAGCUGGAAGAGCUCGACGGCGAAGUCGUAUCCGUCCAGAGCCAGAUCACGGAGCUACAGAAGCUCAAGGAUUCGCUCCUUCUCGAGAGGAGCAGAGUUUACACAAGCUAUCUUCAAACACUGCUCGCCAAUGACGCUGGAACAAGCCGCAAGCUAGGAUGCGACUACUCAUCCACCGCUUUCGCUUGGCACGAUGACAUUCGUCUCGCCGCCAUGUCGAUCUUUGGCAUUCCUUCGUUCCGCUUCUGUCAAGAGGCCGUCAUCAAUGCAGCCAUGGACGAUCGCAACGCUGUGGUGGUCAUGCCAACGGGAGGCGGCAAGUCGCUGUGCUAUCAGCUUCCAGCGAUCCUUAGCCCAGGUGUCACCCUCGUUGUCUCGCCUCUCAUCUCGCUCAUGACCGAUCAGGUCCUCCACCUUCAAGAGGCUGGUAUCAAGUCGGAGCUCCUGUGCGGCAGCACCUCCCGUGAAGACAGCAACGCCAUCCUCAAGCACAUCCGACACGGUUCCGAUGGCAAUGACGCAAGCCCGUCAAAAUUGAAAGCCUCGGGCUUCAGCAGGAGCCAGCAUCAGCACGACGGAAUCAAACUCCUUUACGUCACUCCAGAGCGCAUCGCCAAAUCGAAAACAUGCCUUUCGGCAUUACAGAGUGCCUACGAGCAAGGUCGACUUUCUCGCAUCGUCAUUGACGAAGCGCACUGCUGCUCUCAGAUGGGCCACGAUUACCGACCAGACUAUGCGAAACUAUCCCUUCUACGUCGACUGUUCCCCAAAGCGCCCAUCAUGUGCUUGACCGCCACCUGCGGACCAAAGGUGCUCAAGGAGAUCCUCGCAAUCAUGGAUCUGCCCGCGAUUACCGAGCCCAACAACGCUGCACCGAUGCGAACCAUCUACUUUACUGCGCCCCUCUUCCGCGCCAAUCUCCGAUACCAAGUUGUGCAGCGCCCUAUGCAAGCGCAGGCAGCAGCGGAAGCCAUCGUCGAGUACAUCCUGAAGCAUCACGAAGGGCACAGCGGCAUCGUGUACUGUCUAUCUCAGGCCGACACAGAAGCAACCGCAACGGCUCUCGCGGAGAUCAGCGACGGCCGUAUUGCGACAGGUCGCUAUCACGCCGGACUCGACGAUACCAGCAAGCAGCGCAUUCACACGGACUGGCGCACAGGCCGCAUUCAAGUCGUCUGCGCCACCAUCGCCUUUGGUAUGGGCAUCGACAAGCCAAAUGUCCGUUUCGUUAUACACGCAUGCAUUUCUAAGUCGCUCGACGGCUACUACCAGGAGACAGGUCGCGCGGGCCGAGAUGGGCAGAACUCUGACUGCGUCCUCUUUUAUCGCCCGCAAGACGCCAUUCGUAUGAGCUCGCUCGUUGCUAGCGAGGUCACCGGUCAAGAGAAGCUGUCGGCGAUGCUCGACUACGCUCAAUCAGCUCAAUGUCGCCGCCACUUGUUCGCCGAGUACUUCUCGGACAUGUUCGAGAAAGGUGAUGCUCAACGCCGGCAAGAUUGCGGAAUCUGCGACAACUGCGCAGAGAAGCGCUCGACACUACUCAUCGAUGUGCGCAAGGAGAUGUAUCAGCUCCUCGCUGUUCUUGCCGAGAUGUGCAGACAAGGCGGCAGGAUCACGCUCGCCAGCCUUUCCGACGUAGCUCGGGGCUUAGGCGGCGGCAAGUUCAAUCUCGAUCCAAAUUUGGCCGGCUCCAGCAAAGGCAAAGGGAAGUCGAAUGGUUCCAACACAGCAAAGGCUGGCGUCGUCGAUGUGCAGGCAGUCGCAGGCGGCAAGAUCACUCUGCAUCGCGACAUAGUGGACCGCCUUAUCGUCCAUGGCAUCCAAUCGCAGCUCAUCGAGCAGAAUUACCAGGCAACAGCGUACACGGUCAACGUCUACCUCGAGACAGGCGCCAAAGCAAGUCGCUUCCUUCGUCAUCCAUUGUCGAUCCUUUCGUCACCUGCGCAGCUCGAUAAGCUCUCACCAACACAGAUUCUGCCGCCCUCAGCUGCAGCGAGCGUCAAGGCAGCCGUCAAGAGAACCUCGCCAAGCGUUGCGACAGGAGCUGGCGAAGCGGGUCCCCGCCAAAAGAAGAGUCGGUCUUCGGGACCGCAUCCAGCAGGUCAUUCGGCGAUGAUAUCUCGAGGUGCCACCUUGCACACAAGCACGAACGCUGCCAAACCCACUGCAUCAUCGUCAUCCAGGGUCAGCACUGCAAAAGGCUCGCAAGAUCGCGGAGCGUCGAGAUCAGAAGCCAUCAUCAUCGACUAG